AUGGUCCGCUUCAAGAAUAGAUACCUGCUAUUCGAAAUCGUCUAUGCGGACACGCCACUGGGAUGGACUUCGAUUCCCGCGACACUAACUUCGGGAGCGGAUGCUUCACACCAUUCUGCAAAGCCUGAUCACAGUCCGUUUGGAGACACUGGCAGGAACAAUUGUCGCCUACCACCACUCGCCAAUAAAGACAUCAUGCACGCACUUAAAGCCUCAAUAGUAGAAAACUUUGGCGACUAUGGAGCAGGACUGACUCAAAGGCCCCUCACCUUGAAGUACUUUUCACCGCACACCAACAUUGGAAUCCUUAGGAUAUCUAGGGAGGAAGUACACAUUGUCUGGGGCGCCCUUACUUUCAUCCGGGAACUCAAAGAAAAGCCAUGCAUCAUCAAAGUUUUGCACACAUCCGGUACGACAGGGAUCAUUUUUGUCCGCAAUGACACCAAGCGACAUUGA